AUGUCUGCCAGCUGCGUGGAUGAGGUGGGCGCGCCGGGCAUAGUGGUUGGAGUCUCAGUAGAUGGAAGAGAAGUCUGGUCGGAAGGUUUAGGUUAUGCUGAUGUUGAGAACCGUGUGCCAUGCAAGCCAGAGACAGUUAUGAGAAUUGCCAGUAUCAGCAAAAGCCUCACUAUGGUUGCUCUUGCCAAAUUGUGGGAAGCAGGGAAACUGGACCUUGAUAUUCCAGUACAACAUUAUGUUCCUGAAUUCCCAGAAAAAGAGUAUGAAGGUGAAAAGGUUUCUGUCACAACAAGAUUAUUGAUUUCUCACUUAAGUGGAAUUCGUCAUUAUGAAAAGGACAUGAAAAAGGUGAAAGAAGAGAAAGCUUGUAAAGCCUUGAAGAUGAUGAAAGGGACGUUGGAAUCUGACCAAGAAAAAGAGUUAAAAGAAAGAGCAGGCAAAAGUAAUGAAAAGAAUGACUUUGCUAAAGCUAAGACAGAGCACGAUAAUGAAGCCAAAGGCCGAAAUUCAAAACCUUGCAAGAAAAAGAAUGAUUUUGAACAAGGCGAAUUAUAUUUGAAGGAAAAGUUUGAAAAUUCAAUUGAAUCCCUAAGAUUAUUUAAAAAUGACCCCUUGUUCUUUAAACCUGGUAGUCAGUUUUUGUAUUCAACUUUUGGCUAUACCCUACUGGCAGCCAUAGUAGAAAGAGCUUCAGGAUAUAAAUAUUUGGACUAUAUGCAGAAAAUAUUCCAUGACUUGGAUAUGCUGACAACUGUGCAGGAAGAAAAUGAACCAGUGAUUUACAAUAGAGCAAGAUUUUAUGUUUACAAUAAAAAGAGACGUCUUGUCAACACACCUUAUGUGGAUAACUCCUAUAAAUGGGCUGGUGGUGGAUUUCUGUCUACAGUGGGUGACCUUCUGAAAUUUGGGAAUGCAAUGCUGUAUGGUUACCAAGUCGGGCUGUUUAAGAACUCAAAUGAAAAUCUUUUACCCGGAUAUCUCAAACCAGAAACAAUGCUUAUGAUUUGGACACCAGUCCCUAACACAGAAAUGUCUUGGGAUAAAGAGGGUAAAUACGCGAUGGCAUGGGGUGUUGUGGAAAAGAAGCAAACGUACGGUUCUUGUAGGAAGCAACGGCAUUAUGCCUCACAUACUGGAAGUGCAGUGGGUGCCAGUAGUGUCCUGCUGGUCCUCCCUGAAGAACUGGAUGCAGAGGCUAUAAAUAACAAGGUUCCCCCACGAGGAGUAGUUGUUUCCAUCAUAUGUAACAUGCAGUCUGUUGGCCUCAAUAGCACUGCUUUAAAGAUUGCUCUGGAAUUUGAUAAAGACAGAUCAGACUUACCUUAACAUCACAGGUGCAGAAUGAGCUGUUUUGGGUUUUGGGGGUUUUUUCUUUGAAACAUUGAAAUCCCAAAAUACAUGAUAUUUUUUAAGAAUAAAUUUGUAAUAGAGUGUAAUUGAAUGCAGAGGAUUAUGGACCUCUAAUUGCUUAAUUUUGUAAUUGUCUUUUAUUGUAGGAUUAGUUCUCUAAACUCAGGGAAGUAACUAUAUUUUUACUUUUUGAAAAAAGUGUUAACUCUUGAAAUAAAAUAUUCUGAUAAAAAA